GCGCAGCUCCGCCUUUCGUGGUCUGCCACAGAAAACCGAAAGUGUCAUGGUAGCCGGCACGCGCACAUGUAUACGCGCGCGCUCAUAUAGACGCGUUUACGACUGCCGCAGCAGAGUGAAGUCAUACAAGUGGGACGGUUUGUGGAAGUCGUGAGAGGAGAGUUCCAUGUGACCGGAACACGAUUGUAUUGUUCUUCACUUCCUCAUUUACUUCCUCAACGCCGCCAUCAUGUCAGUGCUGACUCACGUGCUGGCAUGUUUGUUUGGCAUGGGCUCCUGGGUGGCAAUCAACGGAAUGUGGGUGGAGCUCCCGCUGAUUGUGCCACAGCUCCCCGAGGGUUGGUUCCUGCCAUCCUACCUCACGGUCCUCAUCCAGAUGGCCAACGUCGGCCCCUUGGUCAUCACCGCGAUGCAUCAUUUUCGACCAGGAGUGCUGGAUGAGAAGCCGGUUGUCUACUGCAUCGUUGUGUUGGGGAUCCUUGCGACAUUCCUUUUGGCUUUCUUCUGGAAGCACACAGUGACAAUAGGGAGCACCCUGUACAGUGCGCCCCUCUUGAUAUUAUGUUUCCUUCUCUCUGUGGUGGACUGCACCUCCUCUGUCACCUUUCUGCCUUUCAUGAUGCGUCUGUGCCCCCAGUACCUCACCACCUACUUUGCUGGGGAAGGCCUCAGUGGUCUGGUGCCUGCGCUGGUGUCUCUUAUUCAAGGUGUUGGUGUAGUCCGUUGUCACAAUGCCACUUUGACAGUUUCGUUGAACAAAACGUUUGACAAUUCCACCGUUGAAAGUUGGGAGCUCCAAGCUGUGUAUCAACCAGCCAAAUUCUCCGCUCAGGUCUUCUUCCUGUUCCUCAGCUUGAUGAUGGUGGUUUGCUUGAUAGCCUUCGCCCUACUCAACCAUCACCCAGCUGUGGCUCGGGAGAAGAAGAAGCUGUAUUUCAGGGAAGAAGUGAAGUCUGGAAAGAAGGAGCAAGUUUUCCCUUUACACACGCACACAGAAACACCAGAGCAAAAGCAAAUGUUAAAUCCCUUCGAGGAUAGGAGGAAACCUCGCACCUCCUUUGGCAGGGGCACCUACAGCAACUCCGAGAUGGCUUUCAUCUUUGUUGUCCUGGCUUGGGUGAACGCUCUGACCAAUGCAGUGCUGCCAUCAGUGCAGUCUUACUCCUGCCUGCCUUACGGGAACAAGGCCUACCAUCUGGCUGCCACAAUGGCGGCUGUUGCCAACCCACUGGCCUGUUUCAUUGCCAUGUUUAUGCCGGUCAGGUCACUCAUCUUCAUGUGUCUUCUGACUGUGUUUGGCACUGGAUUCGGAGCCUACAUCAUGACAAUGGCUGCUCUUAGUCCGUGUCCUCUGCUGGUCCACAGCGCAUCUGGAACUGCUGUUAUAGUGCUGGUUUGGAUCCUAUUUGUUCUCUCCCUGUCCUAUGUAAAGGUAAUAAUUGGAGUAAUUCUCCGGGAUGAGGGCCAUACCGCCCUUGUGUGGUGUGGGGCAGUUGUCCAGUUGGGCUCCAUGGUAGGCGCCCUUUCCAUGUUUCCGCUGGUAAGCAUCUAUGGCCUUUUCAAGUCAGGCGACGCCUGCAACACCAAGUGUCCGACGUGACAGAGAGGUGCUUAAAACACUGCUGUACACACCAGAAAGUCAACAUGCACUUGGACUGGAGUAUGGGCACAUGGGUGGGAGUGUUAAAAAGCCUUAGCAAUUUUCAACUCUUCAACAGAGCCUCAGGUAUCUGCCACUUCAUCUUGCUGUGUAAACAGACUCGGUCACACGUGGGAGAUUUCUUGUUUGACCGGCACUGUCUGUAUCAGUCUUCUGAAAGAGAAAAACUCCAAAUGUAUUGCUGCGUUUGUUUUUGUUUUGCAUUGUAAGUUCCUUAUCAAAUGCUAAAGAUGUCAGGUAUUUAUUAACAUGUGAUUAUUGAAAUAUUUUGAGUGCACCUCUAAUAUGUGGUAUUUUUUUCUUUCUUUCUAAAUUAAUACGUUGAUAACAGAGCACAUUGUUACGUCAAAAUACAAACUGCUGUCUAAUGUUACAUGGGUGGAGAAACUGUUGAAUCAAUGUAAAAUAAAACCAAAAUGAAAAUUC